GACUACAGCCACAGAUUCAGUUUUCUUAUUUUAAUUUGUGUUCAUUAAAAAAGUGUAGGCGCACAAUCUAGCCAAUGUUUGAGACAUUUUUAACAGCACAAACUUACACAUAUACCCAGAAGCAAGUAACUUUGCUCAGUGGGGCUUAAUUCCUGGCAAGUGCACAGAUGAUUGCAGCUAGGACCUCCUUGUACUUGGUGGGACAGUGCUGAGUAUACAUUUAGGCUUGCCACAUGAACCCUUUGUUCCUUAGUGAAACUAAUGGGACCGAGAAGUGCUCAACUUUGGCUGGGUGUGAUUAGUUUUUUGUUAGACAACUAUACUGUUGCUUCUGAGCUUUUAAAAAAAAUCCUAAAAUAGAAUAUGAUUACUAGAUCAUAUUGGAUAUCUUGGACAUUUUAUACAGAAGCUGUUUUUGUAAAACUGAAUUUUAAUUUAUUAGUUACAAAAUGAAUAAUUGGAAGGAUGUGGAUAUGUUUGGAAGAUGAUUGAUUGCUGGGGAAACUGGAGCUGAAAUUGUACGGCUUGGUUUCUAGGGCAACAGGUUUCACUGCAGCUGUUCAGAAAAGAAUGAAGCCAUGCAUAAGGGAGAAGUCUAUAAUCUGUUGGAUGCUGCUUGUGAAUAAGCUAAAAUGACUGUGAAAUUGCUCUCUCUUCUGCCUGUGCCAUCUGUGCUCUUGGCUUUCUGCCUUGCCACAAGGAGUGAGCAGGAAAGGACAGCAGCUUUUCAAGAAUUCUUUUCGCUGACAGUUUCAUCUAAUUUAUCGUGUGUGGACCCAGAUCACGUCUAUGAUCACACCAUUUGGACCCAGCAAGAAUUGGUUAAUCAUUUGUUCUGCCCUUUGGAUAACCAGAGCCUCCAGCUUCUUCAGUCUACCUCAAACUUUAGCAUCCAGUGGAGCAAAAACUGUCAUCUGCUUAACUUCACUGCGUUAAGCCACCUGCACAGCACACUGCAGAACACAACAUACCUUACCUUUGAGCUUGCAAAUGCCAGCGAUGCAGGCAACUAUACCUGCACACUCUACUUGAACGAUCAGAGAAACAGCUCCUUCACUGUCCGACUGGUCAUGGCAGAUAUUUGCAGUGCCCUUCCUCAUUUCCUUUCCCCCUCCAGCAAUCUGACUUUGCAACGUGAUUUGGGAAGCCAGUUUGCACUGAACUGCACUGUGCAGCUGCCCUACAUGAAAAGCUGUGAUUUUGGCCUCCGUUGGAUGAAAGAUGACCAAUUGCUAGACAAUGAGACCUAUGCUGCUUCUACUCAUUGGCUCAAUGAAAAUACAUCAGAGAUAAUAAUCUCCAGCACUUUGGAUAUGAAUGUAACAACAGAUGAAAAUUAUGGAGCAUUUGCCUGCUUGGUUAGAAACAGUGCAGCAGUUUUCACACUGCAAAAACCAGCAGAGACUGCUGGACACUUGGGCGCUCUGCUAGCUGCACUUGUCACUGUGGCACUGCUGUUACUAAUGGCUGUGAUGUAUGUGAAGUGCCGUCUGAAUGUGCUCCUCUGGUACAGGAACCGUCAUGGAGAGGUGGAGAUCAAUGAUGGAAAGCUGUAUGAUGCCUAUGUGUCUUAUUCUAACUCAACGGAUGAUAGAAAGUUUGUCAACUUCAUAGUGAAGCCACAGCUGGAGAAUCGUCAUGGCUACAAGAUUUUCCUGGAUGAUAAAGACAUCCUGCCCAAUUCAGAACCUUCUGCAGAUCUGAUUAUGAAUGUCAGCCGGUGCCGCCGCCUCAUUGUGGUUCUUUCUAAUGCAUAUCUGGAACAGGAAUGGUGCAACAAUAAUUUCAGGGAAGGUCUUUGGAGGCUACUGGAACUAUCCCGGAGGCCAAUCUUCAUUGUCUUUGAGAGCCAGUACCGAGAAAUAGCACAUCCAGCCAUAACUUUGCUGAAGCAGCAGAAGAGCACAGUGACCCUUCUGAUGUGGCGUGCUGGGUCCAUGGCGCCUUCAUCUGAUUUUUGGAAGGAACUGUGCCUCGCCCUGCCACGAAAAGUGUCCUAUCAAGGCCUCAGAGGAGACCCCCAAACCAGUUUCCAGGAAGACAAGGACCCUAUGCUGAUCCUCAACAGCAAUUACUUGGAUUUCCGGGGGGAUUCGCACCCUGAAGGAGACUCUGGUGGCAGGGGGUCCAUUUUCAAAGGCCCACCGCCUCCUCCCAUGAGUGGCCCUGAUGGUCCUCCACUUGGUGCUUUGGAAGAAAUACAGCUUGGGGAAAACCAAAGGAGUGAGAUUGACAUCUCUGAUUUGGGAUCUCGGAACUAUGGAGCAAGGACAGACUUCUACUGCCUGGUGACAGAGGAUGAUAUCUAAGAGAACCUGGAACUUUCCUUGGUGAAACUGAUUAUCACGAUGUGCCUUGACAAUGACAGUCAGCUUGGUUAGUUUCUUUGAUCCAUUACAACCAAAUUGAGUGGUGUAGGGCUCUGUCCUGGGCCCCACACUCUUCAUAAUAUUAAUCAAUUCCUUAGCUGAAGGGGUGGAGGGGAAUCCUUAGCACAUCUAUGAAGGACAUGGAAAUAGGAGGGAUCACUAACACCUCAGAAGACAGAAAUAAAAUUCAACAUGAUCUCAAUGGGAUGGGAAACUAGGCUGAUUAACACAUGAAGUUCAAGAGAGACCAAUGCAAAAUUCAAAUGCACAGGUUUGGGUGGUGGGAAUACCUAGGUUGGCAUGGCAGUAGUAUACGUGAGAAGGAUUUUAGCAUUGUGCUUGAUCACAAGCUGACUAUGUAUGAGUCAGUGAUGUCAGAUGACUGCAAAAAAAGACUAACAAGAUUUUUUGCAGCAUUAAUAGAACCAUGGUUUUCAAGUCACCAGAAGUAGAACUGUGGCAGUGGACCCAGUCACCUAGAGGCCAGGUGGUUUCCUGAGCUGGAAGUCUACAUGAAGCAGCUGGACCUGAAUUGAUAUAGCCCACAAUAUGGGUAUCCAACUCCAGUUGAUAUGGGCCCCCACCUAACUUUGUCUUGUCCCCCAACACCACAACAAUUUGGUGGCAGCAGCAAGAAGAAACAAAAUUAAAAUGGAUAGUGCUUGAAGGUGACCAGCUACAUACCUGUACAUGCAGUGUGCGUGUAUGUGUGUGCGUGUAUGUGUGUGCAUGGAUCCAUGCAUACAUGCAUGAAUUAAGGUUAGUCAAGAGUGAAUGCAGCCUUUGGGCCCAAAAUGUUAGCCGCUCCUUGUCUACAGUAUCCUUUCCAACUCUAUGGUUUUAUAUCACUUCAGCACUGUAAUUGUUGCCGGGGGGGGGGGGAGUUCUGUUAAUCCUGGAAUGUGCAAGACUUUGUUAGUGCCUUAUACUCUGAUUAUCUUUAGUUUGUAUAACUACUCAGGAUCAAGGGAAGUUGUUAGGAAUGAAUGACCCUAUUGUAGGUUCUUGGGUGAAGAUCUUGCGCUAGGUCACUAUGCUGAAACCCCAACAACGUCUGUCAGACUCCUAUGUUUUUGCUAACAUCUCUGGACAGGCCUUGUUAUUUCAGAAAUGGGCACUGAUGACUGGCCUACAUGGAGGUAAUAGAACAAAGGAAAAUAACAGCAAUUUAGUGUGGCACUGCUGAGACCCUGUUGUGGCUGGAAACGUAUCAGUCAAAAGCAGUGUAAUGGAGGCAAUAUAUUGGACAAAACAGAUUAGAUUAGCCAUUUGGUUUCCAAAUGAAAAUCAGAUUGACAGCUGCAGCCCUUGGGUAAGUAGCACUUUCUAAGAGUUUUACAGCCUGAUCCUAGCCACAUUUGCUUGGAAAACUUGCCUUUAGUUAGUUAGUUAGUUAGUUAGUGAGUACAGCCUUAGCAAUGCAUUGUUGCCACUAAGUGCAGAUCAAUGCCUAGGAUGGAAAGAGAAGGGCUAUUGUUGAUGGAACAUCUGCCUGAACUUCAAGAAAAGCAUAGUUUUGGGGGGAGGGAGGAUUUGAAAAGUAAUGAUACUGAAAGUUCAGAAUGAAAAGGUCAAGUUUUACUUACGUUCCAGCUAACAAAAUUGUCACAGCAAGUCUUAGAAAAGGUUGGCACAUGGUCCUUUGUCCUCUGCUUCUUUGUUUUCUUCUGGCAAGGCCCUGAGUAAGUCACCCACCAAAAGGCCUAAUUGCAAUAAUGGCACCUCAAAAAGUGUUUCUUAGGCUAUGUUUAGCUACUAAUGUUGUUUGCUGCCUAAACAGUUCACUGGGCAGGUGUUCUUGCUUUUAAAAAAUUGUAUGCACACCAGAAAGUGGCUAAAUAAAUAAAUAUUUUAAGCUAGCUGUUUUGUGGCAUAAGUAGUCACUGGGCUGUCAAUUUCAGCCUCUAGAAAGCCGAUGUCUUCAAGUUAACUGGCAUGUAAGGGUUAAGCCCUGACUUGGGAAAAACUGGAGCUUCUGCAUAUCAGGGUUGAGUUUGUCAGGACUAAAUGGGCACUACUAACUUGGUCCGGCAGCUAAAAACAAUGAAGUCACAAUGGAAUUGACAUUCUCAUGGUCUUUAUACGCACCAAAAUUUCUUUCCCACCAAGAACGCUAGCACUGUCUAGUGACGUCCAUUGGUUUCUCAAUGGCAUGUAAGGACACCCAGAACAGUGAGAUGUGGUGCUCAAUCUCGAGGCCAAACUGGAAAUCUCACUUUAUCUGGAUACAAUUCCUCUGAAUAGGCUAAUGACUGUUGCCCCUCACUUUCCUCCAGGCACAAAGAGGUCUAGUUUAGUGAACGUCUGCAUGGGGACUCCUCUUGCUUCCAGUUCAGCUCUUUAGGUCACAGUGAAAGUGGUAGUUGUGUCCUGAGAAAAGAAAUACAAUGCACCAUAAGGCUGCUGAUAACACUUUGUUUGCACUGCUCCUAGGCUACACAGAUGUGCAGGUCUGUCCCACAUAGGUUGAAGGCUCAUAAGCAUAUAUACUGAAGGCAUUACAGUAGAUAUAUUCAUGAACGUGUUUUGUCACGGAAGGCAUAUGCACUAGUGAUCUUUAAUAAUGGGUAUAGUAACUAGGAGACAGGAGGCAGCCUUAUUCCUUUCAAAAUCAUUAGCAGGAGAGGAGACCUCUUCAGUUACACUCUAAUCAACAUACUUCUGAAAUACUGUUUUCAUUUUUAAGGGCUUUUCUGAGGUUAGUUUUUUAAAGGUUUUAUCAUUUUGCUAUAUUUGUGCUAGUCCCAAUUUAGUCCCAAAAUAUGCCAGAAGCAUAUUUUAUUUGCAUGCAAAAAAUAUAUAUGGUAUUUUUGAGGCCUGGGGAUUUUGGUGUACAUUGCCUAAUAAUAAUAAUGCAUUAGAUAACUUAAUGCUGUUAAAAGCAUUAGUUACCAAUGUGAAAGCUGGCAAAGAGGUGGUACUAUUUCAUAGUGUUUUUAUAGUUGUAAGUUGACAACAAAGCAAGUGUCAAAAGAAUUUGAAGAGCAUUUUACUAAAGAGCAUUUUAAAAAUCUAAAAAUUAAAUACAUAAGAAGCAGGAAACCAGCCAAUGAGGCAGUUGUAUCUGUAGACAACCAUGGAGUGGUAAGAUUGCUAAAGAGGGGGAGAGAGAGAUUGCAGAAAAGUAUAAUUAAUUAUUUGCAUUGAACUAAAUUACUUUUUUAGUUCAUGCAGCAUAAGGUAUGAGGGCUAAAAUUAACAAUCCCUUAUAUCCAGUUGAAAUGCACCCAGGAUUCAUUAAAUAAUAAAAAUAUGCAAUCUAUCACUAUAACUGGGCUAACUAAAGGAUAGCCAGUCUCUCUCUCUGUGUGUGUGUGUUUGUUUGUAGGGAAGCCCAUUUAAAAGAUAUAUAUCUUCCAGUAAAAGCAUUAAAAGGAUGUUACGAGAAUUGUUACAGCUACUGAAGACAAGCCUUUUUGAGGAACAGUCAACAUGGUUUCUGAAUGCAAAAAAGUCCUGUAUCAUAAGCCUUUUGUAGUACUUUGAGCAUGCCAGCUGCCAUUUUCUAUGUGGAUACAGGUAAUCCUCUGGGCAUUUUCAGUUUUUCAAGGUGUUACAUAUUCUUUCCCUGAUAUUCAUUACUGUUGUGCCUUCCCUCAAAGAACCCUGGGAAUUGUAGUUUUCUGAUGGUGUUGAGAAUUCUGGUCUAGAGCCUUUCCCCAAUUCAUGGAAUCACAGUUCCUGGAGUUCUCUGGAGACAGAGUGAUAAACCAGAGUGGUAAACUCAAAGUGUACAUGUCACUGACAUGUAGAAUAUAGCAUAACAAGAAAAAAUAACAGCAAUAAAUGGUCAAAGCCUUUAUUUAGCAACAUCAGUGAGUCUGCUCAGAAUUAGAGUGCAUGCACUGAGCAUGCUCAAAAGUGUGCAAAAGAUUGUCAGAUUCAGGGGAAGACAAGGUUCUUAAUAGUUGUACAGGAAACAGAAUUUUUGCAGGUGCAACAUGUCAUACAGGGGUGAGAAAAGUUGUACUGGAUGGAAUUCCUUCUAUACUGCACCACUGAGGCUGAUCACCUGAUGGGUCAGUAAGCCGUCUUAGCAGUUGUGGUUUAUUUCUCUGUAGCAGAAGCACUGAAGCACAUGUUCUUUGAUGCAGCAUUUAACAUGCCUAUCUUUCAGUGCUUCAGGUUCUCAUAAAACAAACAGAAAUACAGUGGUACCUCUACUUACGAAUUUAAUGCGUUAUGAACACACAUUUGUAAGUCGAAAAAAUUUGUCAAGUCGAAUCCCAUAGGAAUGCAUUGGGAGAAAAAAUUCGUAAGUAGAAGCAACCCUAUCUAAAAAAUCGUAAGUAGAAAAAAUCCUAUCUAAACUGCAUCCAAGAUGGCGGACAGAGCUCCAUUCGUAAGUAGAGUUAUUCGUAAGUAGAGGUACCACUGUAUAAUAUUGAAAUACUGGUAUUUUUACUUCAGAAGUUAGAGAAGAGCCUAACAAACAAAGGUAGAGAUGUUCUUAAGAGCUCAUUUAGUUCCUAAGAGAGAAUCCAAGGGCAUAGUUAUUACUUGCCGUGUUCAUUACAAUUUAAACUUUAACCAGGUCUAUUUUACCAGCAAAUGGGCCAAAGGCUGUGGCCAUCUUCACAGAAUGACUUGACAUCCUAUUUCUCUCCUUGUGUUCAUGGCUAAGGCUUUCAAUCCUGCAUCCAGGGUACUCAUUUGAUGAUUGUGCCUCUUUGUGGAGAGCAGAGGCAGGUCUUUGGCAAACAACAUUAGUAGAAGCAGCAGACUGGCAAAUUAGCAAGUUUUAAUUACCUGCUUAACUUGCUGAGCUAUGUGCAUUUGUUGAUACUUUUGGCUCCUCCCCUCUCCCAGACAAUUGUUAAGAGAUAACAGCUCUACUUCUAGGCAGCCUAUCUGAUGCUUGAGUGUGCAUGUUCCAAAGGGAUAGUUCCACAAUAACAUCCAUCCUUACUUGGAAAUUAGGGGAGCUGUUUCCUCAGUUUUUAUAUACAGAUGAUCACCUCUGAAAAUAGGAAUAGUGUCAGAUGUUGGAAGAACUGGUGAGUGGUGCAUCACUAUGCACCAUGCAAAGGUAGCUAUUUUACUAAAACAAGAUGCCAGCUGCUUAAUUUACUUUCUUAAGGUGAGUUCAGCUUUUCAGUUGCACAGUUGUGAUUUCCAAGGAAGCAUACAUAAUGCUGUCAAAGUUAAUGAGUUGUUAAAAGCAGAAAUUUUACAAGAUAAUAGCCUAUCCACUAUACUGAGUAAAAACAAAAGCAUUCUAUAUACAGUAUGUACAGGAGAAACUUAUUCCCUCUUAUUGCCCCUCGAGUCCAUCUUGGCUUCCUGUUGUGGCUGAGCAGAGUCUGGUCUCAUAUCUAUGCUGGGUACAAAUUUUAACAAUUACAGCAGGAACGUCAGAGAGAGGAUGCUGGGGUAGCUAUUUUCCUCCCAAAUACUGAAAUCAGCUGCCAUUCCAACAGCAGCUUGUCUCUAAAGUAAAUGAACAUGGCUAAAUUAGGCCAAGUAUUUUAAUAGGUCUACUCUUGAGUAAAAAUUAGUUGAAUACCACCCAUAGUAUUUGCAUGACUCACUUUGAUAAUGACAGCUUUCGAGGGCUGCUGCUGAUUUAUGUGAAAGGUAGUGCAGUUAACAGUGCAAACUACUCCAGUAAGAGAAACCUUCUCAAUCAAUGGCUUUCAGCUAGGCAGUGAAAAAAGCCUGUCAGGUUGGUGGACAUGGCAUGUAAUGGGACUAGUACCAGAUCCUACAGCCUCCAGCUUCACCAUUGGACUAAACAGGUACAGUACCAGAUUACAGCCAUAACCAUUGUGUGUCUGCCAUCAGAGCCUCUGUAGUAAUUUCCCCUUUAGCCAACAUUCUGAUGACAUUCCAGUAAUCUGCCAUUCGACUGCAGGAAGGAUGUACCCUGAGUGAAAGCUACCGUGAGUUAGUUGUUAUGUAACUUCCUUCAUGUAGAAUACUGGCACACAAAAGACAGCUUAAUUUUACUAAAACUUUAAUCCGGUCAUCUUGUGCCUUAACAUAUUCUAUCCCAGCCAGUGUUCGCUCAUUUGACAGGGCCUAGCACUUUAGAUCAAGGCUGUUGGUUUUACCCUAGAAUCAAAUACAGUUCAGUGGGCCAAUACCUGGCACUUUAUAGCCACCAAGGCAUUCCUGCCAGCAUAGAGCCAAAGUAACAUUUUGCACAAACCACAGCAAAGCUGGCCAGAGACCAGCCUAAGGACCUCUUUUACCCCAGCAGGUUCUAAGCCAGCCAGCACCCUUUUUGCAUAAUCCCACCCACCUCUUACUUUACCAGCACUAUCACCCAAACAGAAACAGUACACAUAUACAGUAUGUGUGGCUCCAGAAAAAUCCUGUCUUCAGGAUUCCUGCUAUUGACCAUACAAACUAAUUAAAAUGAAAGGAUCCGCCACCCAAUUCCACCAUAAAACUAUAUGCCAAAGCAUUCUUGCCCUACUUUUUGGCCAGUGCGAACUUUAAACAUUGCAUUUAUCCCUCAAAAUUCCAUUAACAGGUUCAGUAUCACCAGAAACUGGUGUCAUAUGUGUAGAGCUUAUAGUUCUCAUUAAAAUUGAUCCAUGCCUCAAGAAAAGAAGAUAUCCUAGAUCUUUAAAAGUGAAAAGGAAGCCCAUCAUUUUGGGGGUUCACAGAGGAUGGUGGGGACUGGGGAGUGACCUACAAACAGCAAGACUUUUGGGAGGAAGAAGGAAGGCCCCUCAGCAUCCUUCCCAAGACUGGAAGUCCUGCCAUGACAUGUGUUCGUGAAUUUCAAAUAAUGACUGGGGAUCCAAGGGCAUCCAGUACAAGACGUGAAGGAGAAGGAGAGUCCUGAGAAUUUGCCUGGAUGCUGACUCACGGCUUUACAGUUAAGAUUUGUUUUUAUGGAGAUAAGAUGGCCAGCAGAAGAAGAGUUUCCAGCAGGCUUGAAAAAACAAACACUAAUGAAUAAUGCAAAAAUAAGGCACACCAGCCAAAUUGGCCUGAGAUCUAUAAAAAGGAGGGAAGCUGCAGAGGGCAAGCUUCGUGCAGCAGCGCCACAGUCCAUAAUGGUGAUCCACGUACAAAUUUCAUGAAGGGUUAGGGCUGGACAGUCCAUUUCUGCAUUCCCUUUUCUUUACAGGCCAACAAAGUCUUCUUUUCGAUAGCCCUUCUGUAAAACACAGAAGAAGAAAAAUAUCACAAGGGCACAUCAUUCCACCCACCCAGUGCCCUAUUGAUAUAAGACCCAAGAUUCUCAAAAGAACUGUCAAUCUAGAAUUCAUAUCCCUGGUACUGGAGAAGAGAAUGACCUGCAGCAGUGGGUGCCCCUUCCUCCCUCAUAAGAGAAGUUUAUUGUGCCUGAUGGCUGAAAUGGAACCCCCCCCCCACACAUGAGAAAUAAGGGUGAUGUAUUAUGUUCUAAUAGUGUGCUAAAAUGUUCAAACAUUUAAAAUAAGGGGGAGCCCCCAAAACAAGUGGCACUUACCAAGCCCUUGGAGGACACACAUUCCCUACACCUUAGAUAAGUGCCAUGAUUCCUGGACUAAAACUAUAGGUUAAUGAUCUAUUUGGGGCAAUAUCCUCAGCUAAGGCCAAAAUGGCAGCUGAACAAACAGCACAUCUCUCUGUUUCCUAUUCAGUACUAUAGGGCUAAACCCAAAGCACAGCAAGCAUCCCUUGUUAAAGUUACUGUUAAUAGUGGUUCAAAAUAGGGGUGUAGAACAGGUAUAUGUUUUCUUACCCCUCCAUGACAAACUAUACUUACUGAAAUCCCUUCUUCCAUAAAACGACUAAUACAGGCAUGCUGGCCUUUGUAGCUGAUCAUAUUUAGAAGAUACCUCUUCUAGAAUAAGAAAUCUACUCAUGCAUAUUGCAGCACAGACACCCUAUGAAGUCAUUUCUCUUGUGAUGUGGAUGUCCAGGAGUGCAAGCUUUCACACUGCAGGACUUGAAGGGGCAACCAUACUUCCCCCUCUAGACUGGGCAGGAAGUCAGUUACUUCUCUGUAAGCUCACUGAGGAGUAGAGAGAGAGAGAGCAAUUGGGAGGAAGGAACAUACCGUCUUAUAGUCCCGAUGGAGCUUGCUGUACUGCCACAUGUUGGUCAGGAGGCUAGAAGCGGCUCUCGAUGACUUCUCACUGUCUGAGCUGGAGAAUAAAGACAGACACAACACAUUGCAAACACACUUUAAGACAUAGACCAGGCAUCCCCAAUCUUCAGCCCUCCAGAUGUUUUGGACUACAAUUCCCAUCUUCCCCGACCACUGGUCCUGUUAGCUAGGGAUCAUGGGAGUUGUAGGCCAAAACAUCUGGAGGGCCUGCAGUUUGGGGAUGCCUGACAUAGACUCUCUUCCUUCAUAAACUAUUGGUGGAUUUUAUACUAGGUUACAUCAUGUCUAUUAGUGAAUCACUGAGAAUUAAGGUAACAACCCUUAGACACAUAGUGAGGAAUUCCACAGAAUGCUAAGUGGGGUAUGCACACAAGGAACAGUGUCUGCUUGUGCAGUGGGAUUUAGCUACUCUUCUUCCCUCUUGUGCCCCCCUAAAUCUGUUCUGGGGGGGGGCUCCCACCAUCUUCCAGAGCAAAUUUAAGGGCAUAGAGGAAGAGAGGGGGGAGUCUUGUGCAGGUGGACCUUGAUCCAUGCAUGCAACAACUCAGCUGAAUUCCACGUACGUAUGACUAAGCCCUACUAAAUGUAUGAUACAUCCAAUAGGCUUGGGCUACACUUCUGGAAGAAAAUUGGUCUGUUUUAACAAAUGGGCAUGGGCUGUAGGAACAGACUCACAGCUUUGCAAAUCCGCAAACACUACCCUUAAUAGAAAUUUGGACAGGAGGACAUACUGUUUAUGCAGCAGGUGGGCUAAUUUCACACCCUUGCAAUUGGUAUAAAGCAGCCAGAUGGCCUAAAAUAUAACUGAAUAUUGAGUUUUGGGAAUUCAACUGAUGGUUUCAGCAUAUGGAAUUGGAGCAGGAAUCCCCAGGUCUUCCCCACCUGUCCCUUUUCUUCUUGAUGUAGAAUAGCUUCCGCAGGCCAUCAAAAUAGACAACGUCACGUGCAGCAACGGGGCUUUCCACAACCAGGUUGUUCAGUACAGCAAUAAUGUUGACAACCACGUCUGUUGGAGGCCACUUCUCUCCAGAGCUGCCUGGGAGCUUCUCGAUCAAAUGACUCACCACCUUGGUUGCUGCAAAUAAAAAACAAAACUGAUCAGUGAUGCAGGUGACUAUAGGUGAAGCCCCAAGGAAUGGGACACUCCCCAGAAACACUGUGUGCAUGGAGUAGGCAAGGUCAUUCUGCAUGGAGGACAGUGCCUCCCAGCUUUCUUCCAGGUCCUGGGAUGGUGACCUUUUGCUGUAUUUUCCAAUUGGAAUGACACUCACACAUCUCAUCCUUAUUGCGCGCAUUCCGGGAGAGAUUCCGAAUCAGACCCGUCAGCGAACGAAGUUGGUGAUGGUCAGCUGUGCGGACUCUGUCCAGCACUGGGUUCAGGAUCCUCUCUUGCUCCAAAGCCACUCUGCUGAGGACACCAGCCCACUGCAAUGAAACGGGAGUCAGCAAGAGGAUGAGUUGUCAGCCAAGCCAAUAAACCAUCUGAGCUCAAGUUGCAGAUGUGGGGAGAGAGAUUCCCACACUCCCUCUGGUUAUUGCUGUAACAUUGUUUAUCAAAACCCCUUGUGUUUAAGAUGCCUCCAUGGAAGGUUUCCACAGCAACUUAGUGCUACAGCACAGAAAGCAUCAAGUUCUUCUUCAGGGGUGAGGGGAAAAGAGAACGGGAAGCUUUCUUCCCAACUGUGAAUUGGGGAGAGCUGGUUAUGGCAAAUUACAGAACUGGUACUGAUAUUUGGCUAUUCCUUCUCCUUCAAAGUACAUUUAAAUGUUUCCAUUGGCCUACAUUAGGGAUUCUUAACCAAAGGUCCAUGGAUGGGCUUCAGGAAGUCUGUGAACAAAGUGCAAAAAAAAUCCCCCCUCCAUUGCAACAAAAGUUUGUGUGCAUGUGUGUGUGUUUAUGUGCAUUUUUCUGGGAUGGAAGUCUAUAGCUUUCAUCAAAUCCUCGAAAGGGUCUGUGGGCCCAAACAUGUUAAGAAUUAUUGACCUAUAUAUCUACAACAAGUAUUGGGACACUGCAAACAGAGAAGUCAGUCUGCCCUCCCCCUUCAUCUACUCCCAGUGCUGUAUGAUCUAUUGGUUCUUAAUCUUUUCUGUCCUAGCCAUGUUUGGAUUCAAGCAGGUAAGGGAGGCCUUGUCACCUCUUUUCAAACUUUGCACAAGCCACCCUUCUGCUCAUCAUCUGUAACAUGGAGGGUGAAUUCUCACUGCAGUGCCUGUUCAGGUCUAAGGAAGGUAAGGCAGGCACAGCCUGCAAGGGAAGUUCCAUCACAGGCACCUUCUCUUCAUGUUGUUUAGGAAACCUUUAGGCUGUGGCAGUUGUUAGUAUUACGGAACAGAAGCUGGGAAAAUGCUCAGAGCCUGCCCCUUGAGUGUAUGAGUCAAUAGAAUAUAUACAAUAUUCCACAAUGGGUAGAAAAGUCCCAUCAGUUCAACAGUUUUUAGUUUCUUGCUAGUCUUCAAAGUUUGCAAUCUUAAAAAAAGAAACCCUCUAAGUGAUAGACUGAGAACACAUUCUUGAGCCGCCUUGACCCUGCUUAAUUUCACACCAUUUUAUCCCAGUGUACCCAACAAGACUCUCGGUGGGAUGUUUUAAGCUGUUAACCUUACCCUCCGGUCCCCUGCUGUGAUGUUCUGAAGAGCCCCAGAGGCUGCCUCCGUGGUGUGCUUGUUUAGUUCACAUCUCUGUAGCAGCCUGUUGUACACUCCUAUAAUUUGAGGGUUCCACAGCCACUCCAUCCCUUUGGGAUCCUUGGAGACCUCUGUGAAAGUCACAAUGUCUGAGUUCAUGUGGAGCUUGGGAGGGAAAGAGAGAGAAUGUUCAAUGACCAUUCUAUGGGGGUCUAGAGAACCGUUUUCUACCAUAUCACCCCCUUCAUACCUCGCCCAGACCUCAGCUCAUGCACUGUUUCCAUCAUGGCUAUCAUCCAUUUCUAUGGACACAGCUUCCCACGCCUUAAAUCCACUUCAAUCUCUUUCAGGAUCUUACUUGCUUCAUAAUUGCUUCUCAUGUGUCCGAUUCACUAUAUCAUUAAUUCACUAUAUCAUUAAUUCCCAGCAUUCAAUGUGAAAAUAACGCUCUGGAACUCCUUGGGGAGUGUCACCAUCACACCCUGAAAAGCAACUUCUAGUGCUUAGAUCGAGCAACAGGCAUGAUGAGGAUCAAAGGAACAACCAAUGAUCUGAAAGUUCUUCCCACUCAUCUUUGAAAUUGGGGGUUUCACUGUAGUUACUCAGAACCAAGGAAAAUGUCUUCACAUUUUCAGGGAUACUUUAACAAACUCUUACUUCAUAUUCUGAGGAUGAGUGAUGAUCGCCAACAUGAUAGCACAUGUUUGGGUGGAGCCCUGGCACAAAUUAAGCUAUGCAGACUUCAGAUGCACAGACCCCCUUAAUAGGCUCACUUCAUUAUCCUUAAGCAACAUUUGCUGCCAGGCCCUUCUUUCUAUCCCCCAUAAUAACACCAUUUGCCCUCUCACCUCUCGAGCUCUCCUGCUCUGUGGGCUGAAGCAUCCAACCAGCUCGCUAGUCAUGGUUGGCCCCUCGCCCCUCCUUUGGCCUUCCAGUCUCUGGAGUGCAGAAGGAGGCAUCUCAUCAUAGAGACGGUAGGAGAGGUUGCGCAGUACACAGACAGCAUUCUCUACACUCUGUAGGGACAACAAAAAGUGGGGUGUGCUUUUAAACGAACCAUUUACAGCAAAUUUUCCAAUGCAAAGUAUUUCUUUUUUCCUUUUGGCAAGCCCUUAAGGAAUUAUGUUUUUAAGUGGUUGCCCUGGAUUGUAUUAUAAGAUACUGUUCUGUGUAGAUUUCAGUAUUUUAUGUAUUUUUGUUUGUGUUUGAUUUUUCUCGUCAGCUG